GAUUCGCUCUCCGAAACCGAUAAACGUUUUGUCUGUCCCGGUCGUUCUUCCGUACUUUCGUCCGUCGUUCGAGAAUCGACUUCUGUUGCACCGUCCCGCGGGAACGGUUGCGUACACAUCAUCACACUGGGUCCGUGCAUCUCACAAAAGUGGCAAAGCGCCAACACCGCGUUCAUGGCUGCGAAUAUGUCUAACACAAACCAACCACGGCAGGGAUGAUUGGAUAGUUCGGACAUGCCACUAUGCUACAAAAUUCGUACUGUACUGUACUACCCAGUUCUAACCUUCAGCGCACUGGGCAACCGCUGUGGGUGUAGAUUUUCAGAAUCUAUCCAGAGUUUCCGGGAUGCCUUCUCGGCCCAGCGAUACAACCUCGACUGCAACUCCAAAUAGGAAGUUAAUCAAGAUUUCGCAGCGAAGCAGGCAAACCACAGCCAGCAAGGACAAGCAGAAAAUAACUGGCGGCGCUCUCCAGAAACCCAAGCGCACCAAGAAGAAAGAGGUGCCAGCUAAAAGCGACAAGGAAACACAGACUCUGCCUUGCAAAGGAACGCAAACUCACGAUGAGCUGUUACAAAGCCGGGAGGAGCAAUUCUUUCAGCUGCUGAAAGAACGGAAAGCGGCAAACGAGAGCGGAUCCAACAAUGACGAUGGCACUUUCGUUCAACUCGAUGUGCGCAUACCGGAGCUCACGAUUCAAGACCUUUAUGCGUACGCUGAGAGGCAUAACUGCGAGAUUCGGAUGUCGUAGCUGUAUCUUCCCUUUGGAUGCGUUUUGUUUGUUCGUAGUUUGUUGAUACUUGAUAGCUUGUUCAGGUUGUACAGAUGCUCGUUUCUACUGUAAUUAUCGGAAAAUUCAGAAUCUGAAUGAAUGCUGGAUGCUUUUAGUUUGCUUUUAUUAAUUAAUUUAAGUUAUUUUAUGAAGGUACUGUACUUAAUCUGUUAACGCUAUCACAAAAAAUCUUCGAACAUCAUUGUUCCGGAUAAUAACUUUUUAACAUAUCCUUAACGGUUCCGCUUCUGUAGCCUGCAGUUUGAAACAAUAAAGUACUUUAUGUGGAUAAAGAAACCAUUC